AUGGACACCGUGGGCUGGCGUGCUCAACGCAGAGCCCGUAAGGAAGCGCAUCAUUUUUCUGAGAUUCAGAGAGGGCCAGACGGGAGAUAUCUACCUGUAGAAGAGAUUGAUCCACUUCCUGAUGCGAGCGGGCGUGCUCAUGCUGGUAGCUUUGGUAUACCACGCUCGUCAUCCCCGACUCCUGGUGCACUGCCUGUUCCCCCAAAAUAUUUCACCGACAAGCCUGUCCAAAAUGCUUCUGCUAGUCAUUCUAUUGAGCAGUUGGCAUCUGGUAGCUCCGGCGUCUCCUUGGCCUACAUGCCUGCAGUGGAACGCUCUAGAGCACAGAGGCUUCCCAGAAUGGAACCCCACCUUCAGUUGAUGGUCGGGCCCCUUUUGCGAUACGACACAGUUGACGAAAAUGGUCUUUGGCGAGGUGCAGCUCUUAUCGUCACCGCAGAUUCAGGAUCAUUCUAUGAACCAUUUCCAGUCUUAACAUAUCAGUGGGACCCUGAGGAGAUUGCCCGACCUUCUCCGAGCAUGCAGGGUUCUUAUGACCUUGGCCCACACCCCGCGGAUCCUCACGCUACUGCAAUGGCUGGACCAUCAGCUCAGUUGCCUGACAUGAACGAGGCAUACUUCGGUGACUACAAGGGAAAAGGAAACACGAGGGACGAUCAGACUCAGCAUGUGACCGGUCAGGAGAUUUACGUCUAUUCAGGGAAUGGUGGCACUUUUACGUUUUGGCGUUUCCCAAUCCAGAUACAACUUGGAAUCAAUGAAAUCUGCAUCAAGUAUCGCAUCAAUGGUGGCAUGCAAUUGGCCUUCUUCGUGCCUGCCCAUCAUCAAAACAUGCGGUGGGCAGCCCACUCGUGUAAUGGUUUCAGCGCUGGUGUGAAUCCGGACGACUUCAGAGGACCAGGGUUCAAGAGUGGUUAUGACCCUAUGUGGAUUGAUCUUUUGCAGAAGCAUGUCGAACGACCAUUUCAUGUCCUCGUGGGAGGAGGCGAUCAGCUAUACUGCGACCGGUUGACUCGAGAGCCCGAAAUACAAGAGUGGAUUUUAGCAAAGCCUUCCACGAAGAAAAAUUUCCCUUUGACUGGUGAAAUUGUCUCAUGCGUUGAUCGUUUCUUCUUCAAUCACUACUGCAGCUCCUUCAGGAUGGGGGCGUUUGCGAGGGCGAACAGCUCGAUUCCAAUGUUGAAUAUGUGUGGUAAAAUAUGCGAAUUUGAUAUCAAUGAUAACAUACUCAUGUGGCAUCUGCAGAUGACCACGAUUUGGUGCGUACUAUUACGCUCUAUUUCCUUGUCACUGAUCAAUCUCGCGCGUUUCAAGAUCGACGGGUUCGGGAGUUAUCCUGAAGAGCUUCAACACUCUCCCGUGUUCAAGCAUAUCGGAGUGCGAGGCUACUUUUUCUAUUUGCUUUUUCAAUGCUUUAUCAAUCCUCUGCAUGAUCACUUGGAUGAUAGAGCAGGGAAGCACAUGUUCAAGUCACUUAUUUUGGGGGCUCAAGGUCCCUAUGUUGGUUUACCAUCACAUUCAUUUUUGUCUUACCUGGGGCCCGAUGUACACAUUCUGAUGCUGGACUGUCGCGCGGAGAGAAAAAGGAACCAGGUCUGCAGCGAGUUCGAGUACCAAAAGGCUUUCGAACGAAUCAGGUAUUUACCUUCGGACGUAAAACAUCUCGUUGUGCAACUUGGCAUCCCUAUUGCAUAUCCGCGAAUGGUUUUCCUGGAAGCUGCACUAGACUCCAAGUUGAAUCCUUUGAUUGCCCUUGGACGCAGCGGAACCGCAGCAUUCAGUAGUUUUGUGAACAAAUUCAACGCGGACGCUGAGUUGCUGGAUGAUUUGAAUGACCACUGGACCGCGAAGUGUCACAAGAAAGAGCGCAACUGGUUCAUUCAACAGAUGCAAGGAAUAGCAAGGAUGAAAAGUUUGCGUAUUUCGUUUCUUUCUGGCGACGUACACUGCGCAGCUGUAGGGGUUCUUAAGACGCUGGUCCGCAGCAACGGAGGAAAGAACAACCGGACGAUAGAUGUUCCGCCUGAAACCGAUUAUAGAUACAUGAUCAACGUGGUGACAAGUGCAAUCGUCAACACACCGCCUCCGAAUGGAGUGAUCGCUAUGGUAUCUACUUUGGCGACUAAGACUCACAGGACGCUGCAUCAUGCGGAAACUGAUGAAGCCAUGCUUCCUAUUUUCACGAAGGAACCAAAUGGCAACCAUCGCCUCCAAAACAAGUAUAUAAUGGGACGACGGAAUUGGUGUGCGGUCUCGUGCGAUCCUGAGACACAGGAGUUGGAGUUCGACAUCCGCGUCGAGAUGGAGAAAGGGGUCGGCGUCAGCUUUGGAUAUCCAGUCCGAAGUCCUCCCCCCAAGUGGUUUCCUGGAACGUGA